AUGAAGGUAGGCCUGCAAUUUAACUUUCUACCACGAUGCAAUUCCUGUGAGGUCUCUCUGAACAUUUGGGAAGAGUGGAAAGGACACAAGGGUCCCCGUUACGCUUCCAUUCGAUUGCAAUCUUAUGAUUCACCAGUACCGAAGGCCAUCAUAUCAGAAUGUACUCUAAAUGAAUCGUUAGCAUUUGAUAGUAUUAAGGUGGCUGCAAAGCUAUAUAAUGUGAGCCCAGUGGGUCCUACAGCUAGUCAAUGUGAAUUGGAGAUUUUGAAGCAGAAGCUACCUGUGUUCAAAAGUGUCACCAUGCUGUUGAAAGCACCAUUAUACACGAAACUAAUGCAAUUGCCUCACCCAAGUCAUAGGGUAGAGUUUCUAGAAUUGAAAUAUGGACUUCACCACCGCGAAACAGUGAUUUACGAUGGGUACGUCGUUGAACCCUCAUGGUGUAGAGUCUCAUACUGUGGUCCAUAUAGUGAAGGUCUAAUAGACUUCAAAGAGACUCAAGUUGUAUUUGUCAAAGAUGAUCGGGACAUUCUGGUCGAGAAAGUGGUAAGUGACCAUUUUGAUGAGAUUUUAAAACUAACCGAAGCUAGUCACUCAAGCGUUAAACUGUCGGCAUUACAAAAUUCAGUUCCAUUGGAUCUUAUUUCUCCUACUACUGCAAUGAAUGAUGAUGAUUCAACUUUUGUCUUCGCUGAUUUCCGAACGUUACUCUUUUUAGGUGUGACAAGUGGUUCCUUCAUAAGGAUAUCGAACGAGCAUAUUUCAAGAGUUGUCAAGGUGUUUAUUUUAAAUGCUCCACACAAUUUCGAGAGCUUUACUAUUUACGCCUCACCAAGAAUAAUCGCUAGCUUUCCCGAGGAUACGGAGAUUAGCGCUUCAAAGCAUCCAGUAGAUGAAUUCCAGCUGCCCACAGCCUUCUCGGUCUCCCUUGCUAGGGUCGGCAGUUGGAAUCAAGCUCAAAAGAUAUACCAGAAUAUUAUUCUCCAUAAUCUCAAGAACUUUUUUACAUCUAAACGGAGGGUGCUUCAUGUCGGCGAUAUGAUCCCAAUCUCUUUUGACUCAAAUCUGGCUACUUUGUAUACCGAAGAGUUCGGUUUUGAGCAGUUGAUUGAAGAGCACGAUUCACUUGUGUGGUUUUAUGUUGAGAGUGUGCAGAUAAACGAAACAGAUGAGAUUAGCCCAGAGACUGAAUUUUUUAUCGACCCAGAGAAGACAAAGUUGAUCACGGCUAAUGUUGUUAUGAAGGAUCCGUUGAAAUUAACUCGCUGCGAUUACAUAUCCUUUUAUGGUCUGGAUCCUGUCUUUGUCUACAAUUUGAACAAGUUUCCAUACGCCAAAAAAUUAAUUGAUAUCCUUAACGCCUCGACCAGGUGUGAAUCAAAAGGAAUUGCUGUCAGCACUACAAUACUGCUUUACUCGACAAGUCCGAAUACCGGGAAGUCAACUUUGGUAAGAUUUGCUGCCUUACAAUUGGGGUUUAAUCUACUUCAUGUAGACUGUAUGUCUCUGACUACCAAUGCAGGAUCGCAGGACGCUACCGCAAAGAUAGUUGGGUACUUGAGAGGCAAAAUCGAAAGUGUUUUAUCACAUGCGAGCCCUGCAAUCAUCUAUCUAUCACAUCUUGAUGUGCUAUUAGCAAAGACAGAUCAAAAUCAAGAUCCAGAAGGAUCAAGAGCACCUAGAAGCAUGGAUUUGGAGGUUUCCAAGCUCAUUGAAGAUUUUACAGUUGAAUACAAAGGGACUGUGUUUAUCGGGUCUGCUACAGAAAUUGAUAAUAUCUCCACAAGUGUUAGAAAUCAUAUCAAGUUCGAAUUGGAGGUUCAAGUACCAGAUGAAAUACAAAGAGGAGCUUUCUUUCAGUGGUUUUUGUCAUGUUCCAUCCUAAACAGAGGUCUAAAAAACUCUUAUAGGCGCUAUGCUGUCAAGAGCGAUGUGUCAUUAUCCAAACUUUCCUUACAAUCCGCAGGGCUGAGUCCACUUGACAUCCGAACUAUUGUGGAGACGGCCAAAUACAAUUGUGCUAAACGUUAUGUUGAUGGUAAUCAAUGGGCAAGCAGCGCAUACUCUAUAACAAUGGCAGAUUUGAAUUCAGCCAUUAGUAAAGCUAGGGACGACUUCUCUGUAUCCAUAGGGGCUCCAAAAAUACCGAACGUUACUUGGGAUGAUAUAGGGGGCAUGGAUCAAGUGAAGGGAGAGAUCAUGGAUACUAUCGACAUGCCUUUAAAGCAUCCAGAGCUUUUUGCAUCAGGUAUGAAGAAAAGAAGUGGUGUUCUAUUUUAUGGGCCACCAGGAACUGGCAAGACAUUAAUGGCAAAAGCAAUCGCCACCAAUUUCUCUCUCAAUUUCUUCAGUGUUAAAGGGCCCGAGCUUUUGAACAUGUAUAUCGGUGAAUCUGAAGCAAACGUUCGUCGUGUCUUCCAAAAAGCCAGAGAUGCAAAGCCAUGUGUCAUAUUUUUUGACGAAUUAGAUUCGGUUGCUCCUAAAAGAGGUAAUCAAGGUGACUCCGGUGGUGUUAUGGAUCGUAUUGUGUCACAGCUGCUAGCUGAGUUGGACGGGAUGGGAUCAAGUGGUGACGGGGUAUUUGUUAUUGGGGCAACAAAUCGGCCCGAUCUUUUGGAUGAGGCGCUCCUGAGACCAGGAAGAUUUGAUAAGCUUCUCUAUCUCGGCAUAUCGGACACGAACGAGAAGCAACACAACAUUAUAUCAGCAUUAACCAGAAAGUUCAACUUAGAGAGUGACGUGAACCUAAUGAAAUUAGCAGAAAAAUGUCCCUUCAACUACACAGGUGCAGACUUCUACGCAUUGUGCUCUGAUGCAAUGUUGAACGCAAUGACCCGAACAGCUGGUGAAAUCGAUGUUAAGGUCGAAGAGUACAAUAAGCUUACUCGACUAGAUCUAUCCGUAACGCACUGGUUCGAUAAAGUGGCUACAGCAAAAGACACUGAGGUUACUGUUAAAAUGGAGGAUUUUCUAAAGGCACAACAAGAGAUGGCACCCAGUGUCUCCGAAGAAGAGUUGAGACACUAUUUGAGAGUAAAAGCCAAUUUCGAGAACGCUGCAUAA